ACUUGUUGAUCGAACAGAUGACAGAGCUCCUUCGGCUGACUGUCGGGAGGUGGCCCUGUUCACAGCUGAAUCCCACGGGGACCGGCUGAUUGGACGAGGCUCGAGACAGAAGCGAAGAAGAAAGUCUGAGGAGCUGUGGACGUUGAGUGGUGUUUCUAUUAUUACUAUAGUGUGAAAACAUCAGGUUUGGAAGCGCUGAACAGGCACGGCUCUGUGAAGCAACUAUCAUGGAGGUAACUGGAGAAACCCCUUUUGCAGAGGACAGUCGAAGCCUGCGUCCAGGCCCUCGCUCAGGCUCCGCGGGGGCCCCGGGCUGGGCCUACCUCCACAAGCCCAUCAUAGUGAUGGUGAUGGGGUCUCUGAUGUGUGCCGCGGGUGGAGUCCUCUUCCUGCUCCAGUCGUCGGGGGUGACAGAGGCAUACCGUUCUGUGGCCUCGGCCUGCGGGUCCAUAGGGCUGAUGUUUGUCGUGAUGGGGCUGGUGUGGAUCCCCAUACUGAAAGAGAAGCGGAGGCGGAAACGGUGCAGCCAGGGGGCUUGAACAGAAGACGGGAA